CCUAGACUAGACAUUGUACUUGUGUCGCCACACAUAAGCCUAUACCUGUAACAUCAAAACAAUGCGUGAUUUUAGGGAGCGGGUUACACGUUGGAAAUAUUUACAAACUGUCGAUCAAAAUACUGUUAGCUUUCCACUGAGGAGUGGACUCGUUAUCUAGCCAGUGGCAAUGUUAUUCGAUCCAUCGUGAUAGAAACUGUAAUAUAUGUCAGAUGACGUCAUAUGUUAAGUGAAAGUCAUUCAAAUCGAUCCAUUUUAGCCAAGUGUAAACACGUCCUUCGCUAGAACUGGGACGCGUGCCCUGUCACAACGCGAUAAAAAAAGCGACGACUGUCAAAGGGUCAAAACAAAAAAGUUACGAAGAGGCGACCAAAUUUAAAGCUGUUGGAUACCGAGGAACACGUUAUAAAACUAAUAGAACCCACGAGCGAACUUGGAGGAAAAGGGAUUAAAAAGACAGCAACUACACCAUUUAUUGGUUUUUUUCAAGACUUGAACCGUGUUGCUAAAAUACAUUGUUGCUAAAAUAUUGACAACAGCAGGCAUUUGGCGAAUUCAGUUCUAGUUUCUCGGAGGAGAAAAUUAAACGCACGCGGACAGUGGCUCUCAUUAAUCUGCAAGGAAUUUGUUUGUUCGAUUUACUCUCAGGAUGCCAGCGUGUUGUGGGUGCAUCCCGAGACGUUACGUGGUGGCUGUGCUGGGGUUUCUGGGGUUGUGUAUAUCGUUUGGACUGCGUAGUGUGCUGGCCGUGACUGUGACGAGUAUAGUAGCAAAAAAUACAACAAGACCUGAGGAAAGCGUUAAGUGCAUCUCCCACCAGCGGCUGGCUUGGACCACGGAGGAUGUUGGGUGGGUGUUCAGUGCAUACGGCUAUGGCUACAUUAUUACACAGAUACCAGGGGGAAUACUUGCUGCCGCAUUUCCCGCUCACAGAGUAUUUGCCGGUGCCCACUUGGUAACAUUUGCACUGUUUGCCCUUAUACCGACUCUUAUGCCUUUGCAUUUUGGUUACGUGGUAGCCAUACGAGUGUUACAGGGCUUAGCUGAGGGGGUAAUUGUCCCAUCCAUGCAAGGAAUAUGGAGCGUCUGGGCCCCAGAGAACGAGAAAAACCGACUGGCUUUAUUUUCAUUAUCAGGUGCUUACUGCGGGCCGGCAGUGGCAAUGCUGUUGACGGGCAUAGUAAAUUGUCACGUUGGAUGGGAGUAUAUAUUUUACAUGUACAGUGGCGCUGGAGGACUUUGGGUUAUUGUGUGGUUCGUAUUUGUGUUUGAGUCUCCGCACAAGUCUCCAGACAGACUUGGAGAAAAGGAAAGAAUGCUGUUCGAAAAAGAAAACGUCGGAGCAACGUCGGGGAGUUCAAAGGACAAAGUGAAAAGUAUACCUUGGAAGGACAUAUUGACGUCACCUGCAGUGUGGGCGGUGUUCGUUGCUGGGACAACGAGAAGUUGGGUCCUGUUACUUGUCACAAAUUACCUGCCCGAGUAUUUAGACAAUACGUUUGGAAGGAGUAUAGACUUGAUCGGCCUAUAUUCCGCCCUUCCUUUCUUCGUGACUACUGUAACUGUCUCCGUCGGAGGACUACUUGUAGACACAAUACUGAAGAAGAAACUGAUACCAAGGACACUGGCCAGGAAACUGUUUAAUUGCUGCGGGUUUGCCGCAGAGGCCAGCAUUCUCAUAGCCAUGGGUUUUGUAAAAAGUGAAGUGCUGGCAGUCAUAUUGUUUUGCUUAUCUUGCGGUUUCAGCGGAAUAGCCGCAUCAGGGUAUCAAGCGAACCCCCUUGACCUGGCUAGGGACUACGCCAGUAUAUUGAUGGGGAUAUCCAAGAUGGGGGGUGUGGGAGGCAUGGUGAUGCCCACGGCGGUGGCCAGGUUGACGAAGUCACGGGCGCCUGACGAUUGGGCACACGUGUUCUGGGUGACAGCGACACUGGAGCUAGCGGGAGUGGUCAUCUACGCCAUGUAUGCUUCAGGAAAGCAACAAAAGUGGUCCAAUUUUGGCGUCAAAGAGAAAGAAAUGGAAAAUCGAAAUCCGGAAAUGACGUCUGACAGUAGCCCAGAUGUCCCCGAUCCGAAGGCAUCGACUUAAGACGUGUCUGAAGGACCUUAUGAUUACAGUGAUCGAUACAGCUUUUUUAUAUACAAAAGGUGAUUUGCCCGGACUCACGAGAGCCACUGGUCGUUUUCGUGCCCUCCGGGCCAGCGCGUUCAUGUGGUGAACUGACAUGCGUCAUCCUGGAUUUGAAGGGCACGAGGUGAAGAACAUGGUCAGGAUAUCCCCAUGUAUGCUAAAGCGAGCAGUAAAAAAAUGCCUUAUAACUUUCAUUGUCAGUUUAUUUCACUAUUCUAUUUUACAACGCCUAAGAACUUAUGAGAAAUCGACGUGCUUUGCUUAAACA